AUGGAAUCAGCAGCAGCAGCAGCAGCUCCAGCACCGGCUGCAGCAGCAGCAGCACCAGCUGCUGCUGCGCCUGCCUCAGCAUCGCCAGCAGCAGCAGCACCUGCGCCAGCACCAGCGGCAGCAGCACCCGCACCAGCAGCAACAGCAGCUGCACCAGCAGCAGCAGCAACCCCAGCAGCAGCACCAGCUGCAGCAGCAGCAGCAGUAACUUCUCCCCCUGCCCAGAAGUCCGAUCCUGUCUCAGCAGACAGCAAAAAUUCAGAGGCGGUGGUUUCGGGUUUCGACCAGGAAUGGGCGGAGCUGCAGAAGCUGCAAGAUUUGCAAGAAGAUGCUGAGUUCGGGUCGCUGCUGCAGCCAGGGGAAGGCGCAGCAGCAGACAGCGCAGCAGCUGCUGCAGCACAAGCUGCUGCAAAUGAUGCAGACAAACGUUCUGUAUACGUAGGAAAUGUGGAUUACUCUGCAACGCCUGCUGAUCUUCAGGAGCAUUUUAAAGGCUGCGGGCCGAUAAACAGAAUUACUAUCAUGGUAGACAAAUUCACAGGACACCCAAAGGGAUAUGCUUACAUUGAGUUCGGGUCUGAAAUUGCUGCGCAGCACGCAGUGCUGCUGUCGGAUUCCACUUUGAAAGACCGGCAAAUAAAGGUGGUUUCGAAGCGAAAGAAUAUUCCAGGAAUGUCCCGCGGCAGAGGCGGCGUGUGGAGGCCUCGAGGCGCUCUGCCUUUUAGAGGGAGAGGCAGAGGGGGAGGCGGCUUCAGGCCUAUCUAUAGAGGCCGCGGAGGCGCAAGCAGGGGUUAUGGGAGGCCUUACUAA